UUGGUGGGCGGAGACUUCUCGUGCGAACAUAGAUUUCUGUACCUGUCUGCUGAGCUAGUCCGAUUUAUCGUUCAUUUGUAUUAAGUGUGCAAUUGCAGUGUGUAUAGAAGGCGACUCGUAUGGUGCAAAGAAAGCUAGACGAUUUAGGUGCUCAAAGGAUUUUGUUUUCCUCACAUCAUGGAGAAACAGUUGCAUUUGAAUUUGCUAGCCUCCAAGCCCCCAAUGGCAGGUUUGCAGUCGGGAUCUAAAUUAAGAAUGGGACCAGGAAGAAAACGAGAUUUUUCUCCCCUUCCCUGGAGUCAUUACUUUGAAACCAUGGAGGACGUGGAGGUGGAAAAUGACAACAGCAAAGACACAUUCAGAAUUUACAGCAGCGGCUCUCAUGGUCCAGUCCUGUUGCUUCUGCAUGGAGGAGGUCACUCUGCACUGUCCUGGGCCGUCUUUACUUCUGUUAUUUGCAGCAGGAUCACUUGCAGAGUUGUAGCGAUGGACCUCAGAGGACAUGGUGAUAGUAAAGUAAAGAACCCGGACGACCUCUCUGCUGAAACAAUGGCCAAGGAUAUUGGAAAAGUGGUGGAGGCACUGUAUGGUGAAAAUCCACCUCCAAUCAUGAUUAUUGGUCACAGCAUGGGUGGAGCUAUAGCAGUUCACACAGCUGCGUCCAAUCAUGUGCCAUCUCUGCUUGGUCUUUGUGUUAUCGAUGUUGUGGAAGGCACAGCAAUGGAUGCCUUGAACAGCAUGCAGAACUUUCUGAGAAGUCGGCCAAAAACAUUUAAAUCAGUGGAGAAUGCAAUUGAAUGGAGUGUGAAAAGUGGCCAGAUCAGGAAUAUUGAAUCUGCACGAGUGUCUAUGGUUGGACAGGUGAAAAAAUGCGAGGAGCCACUAAGUAGUCCAGGGGUUUCCAAGAGCAUCAGUGAAGGCAUCAUUGAAGAAGAAGAGGAGGAUGAAGAAGGAGGAGAAUCCAACCAUAAAAGGAAGAAAGAAGAUGACCAAGAGGUUAAGAAGGAAUCUCUGUACACUUGGCGUAUUGAACUCUCAAAGACAGAGAAGUACUGGGAGGGCUGGUUUAAAGGACUGUCUUUCCUCUUUCUCAGCUGCUCUGUGCCAAAACUACUUCUGCUGGCUGGUAUUGACAGGCUUGACAAAGAUCUUACCAUUGGACAAAUGCAAGGAAAGUUCCAGAUGCAGGUUCUGCCACAAUGUGGCCAUGCCGUUCAUGAAGAUGCCCCAGAAAAAGUAGCUGAUGCUUUAGCCACCUUCAUGGUUCGUCACAGGUUCACUGAAUUAAAGGAAGGUUUCCCCUGACAAUGUGUAGCCUCCACUCGUAGUCUUCAUCCAGCGCUGUCAUCCCUCUCUGCUCUCCACCAGAGACUACAAUACAAUCAAAACCAUGAUGACGCCUUCUGCCAAACUCAUUCUUAGCACUUCAUUCUUAAAUUAUAUUCAGUUUUCUAUGACUUUAUGUAUGUUUGCUGUAGUCAUCACAAGUCAUAUGGCUAUUUUGGCAGGAAAUAAUUAAUACAAUAAUACUCAUGAUUUCAAAUUAUGUAUAUUUAAAUUUUUAUUUUCCCCUGAAUUGGUUUCUUUUGCAUUUCCUCUGAUGCCUUUGCUUGUUUGUCGUUGUAAUUAGGAUGAUUGCAUUAUGUUGUGUUUAAAGUGUUGGUCGUUGCUGAUUUCAAGGGAAAUAAUAAAGUGAGGUUUCAGCA